AUGACGAUCGAUUUCAAUAAGAAGGGUGCAAAAGUGAUCUCACCAAGCAAAUUCGCCCACAUUGUACUGCGGACAAACAAAUUCAAUGAAAUGGUGAAUUACUACAAGAACUUUCUGGGAGCAGAAGUGAUUCACGAGAACGAAUACCUGGCCUUCCUCUCGUACGAUGAGGAGCAUCAUCGAAUAGCUAUCAUCGGUGUUCCGGGAACUAAAGACAAGGACCCGAAGACCUGUGGCCUCGAACACACCGCAUUCUCAUUCGAUACCAUUCCCGACCUGCUACUCGCCUUUCGUCAAAGGAAGGAUCACGGAAUUCACCCGGCGUGGUCUGUCAAUCAUGGUCCGACAACCUCAAUUUACUACCGUGAUCCCGAUGGCAAUCAGAUCGAGACGCAGGUUGAUAACUUUGACCAUCCCGACGAUGCAACAAAGUUCAUGGCAUCUAAAUCUUUUGCCGAGAAUCCCAUCGGGGUCGACUUCGAUCCGGAAGAUUACAUUAGAAGAUUGAGCGAAGGCGAGACUGAAGCUAACCUCAAGAAAAGAGCCGAAAUUGGACCUCGAGGGCUUCCAGAUGAUUUCUAG